CACACACUGACACAUACAGAGAGAGAGAGAGAGAGAGAGACACACACACACACACAUACUAAAUCACACAGGCACACACACACACUCACACACACACUCACUCACACUGACGUAGCUGUUUUGUGAUGAGGUGUCCUCCUGUCUCACAAACCUUCAGUAAUGCUCUUACUUAUCUUGAUCCAACUGUGGACUUAGGAGGAAAGGAAGGAGAGAAGGAAGACAAGAGAGAGACACACCACUCAAAGGAUAAGAAGAAGAAGAAUGGGAUAGAGAAAGAGAGCGAGAUCAACAAUCUCACUGUUCAGGAGGCGAGAAAGAGAGAAACAAGGGAAAAGUGAGACAGACAGUGUAUCCAGGCAUGUGGAGAGACAGACUGACUAGAGGACUGGCUCUGCGCCUGUGUCUUCUCCUCACCGCUCUCUGUGUCUGUCUACAUGUUUACCUGGAACUGGGGGAAAGGGGGUGGGCACCUUCGCCCCUCACCUUGGGACGUCCCACACAGACCAGCCAGGUGCUACUGGACAGCGGGGAAAGGAAACUGGGGGCCGCAGACCCCACAGAGAGCCGGGUUGGGGACAGAGCUGUGAAGAGAAGGGUGUCCUACAGACGCACGCCGAAGAAGGACUCUGUAGCAGGGAAGACAGUGGGCGGGGAGGACCCCUCCACAUGCUGCCCACCUCUACGCCCGAACAGAAAGUCUGCCAGGUGGCACAUAGAGCUGGAGCCGUGGGCCAGUGACAACCACUCCCUGGAGGAGGAAGCACGGAGGUUCCUCAGCUACAUCACUACACCACAGGUGUUUUGUGCCCCCCCUUCCCCAGAGAGCCCCGUGGUACAGGGAGGUCAGGAGGGGCCAGAGGGGCGCUGGGCAGUGUGUCUGGACAGCAGGUUCAGCCUGGCACAACGGAUACACAUCCAACACUGCCGGGUCUACUCUCUAGGGUUGGGUAUGGAGGAUAAGACUGUGGAGCGCUCUCUGGCCAGGGCGGGCUGUGAGGUGCACUGUUUUGACCCCAGCCUUAGGCAGGCCCACCUACAGGAGUCAGACAUGUGGCUCCAUCGUCUCUCCGUAGACUGGAGGGAACCCAACCCAGCCAUCCCCGCCCAACGACAGCACAGCAACACCAAGAAACUGGCCACCAUUCUCAAUGACUUUGGACACAGACAGGUGGAUGUUCUGAAGGCAGACAUGGAGAGUGCGGAAUGGAAGAUUCUAGAGAACCUGGUUCUAGAAGGGGUUCUGAGCUCUGUGGGUCAGCUACUACUAGAAAUCCACCUCCACUGGGCGGGCUUCGAGGUGGGCGGGGACGACCCAUCUGUGGUGCGCUAUUGGUUCAGCCUACUGAAGGAGCUGGAGCGUGCUCACUUCCGCCUCUUCCAUUACCAUAGAGACCCAGCAAAGCCCCGCCUCUUCCUGCACCGGAACAUUCUGAACGCCUCCAGUGCCUAUACACUGGGCUGGGUCAAUACCCAGUGGAGGCCCUGAGAGCUGACUGACUGAUGGACAGGGCUCUGGCCAAUGAGAAGGGGAGAUCUGGGAAAUAUAGUUCAGCUACGAUGGGAAAGUCAAUCCCAUGGGAUGUUUCACUUUGGAUAUUUAUUUAAUAAUAAUAUAAUAAUAAUAUAUGCCAUUUAGCAGACGCUUUUAUCCAAAGCGACUUACAGUCAUGCGUGCAUACAUUCCUGACCAAUACCAGAUUCAUCACGCUAACCAAAGUACUGUACUCCAGAAAAGGAUUGUCUCAAUCUAUGGAGGUUAAUGUAAUAUUUUGUGAGCUAUACUGUACUCCUAACAAGCUCCUAUCAUUUCAGCAUUUUGAAUCACUACUCCUCUACCCUUCCCUGAUAUGACCUUAGACAUGGUGAGGUAAUUGCCUCGAGGGCCCAAAGUCCAUCUGUCGGUCAGAGCUGCUUUAAAGUGGCUGUGUUGGCUGGAGGUCAGCCGGCAAGCAUUGCGGCAGCCAUCUCUGUCAUCAUGGCCUCAUCUGGGCUUGGCCCUGAGCCAGCCACCCCUAACAGAUGCAUCCACCCCCUCCUGGAGAAUUAUCCUCAGAGGCAUGGGUAAUGAAUAGUGAGGUAAGACCACAGCCCAAACUAAUAGCCACAAUUUGUCCUCAGGAUCUUCUGCAUUAAAAAGAGUACAUAGGGCUGGGAAAGUAGCUGUCAGACUGAGGCUGAGCACACCUCAUAUAGCCCAGGGAUGAGUUUCUGUGGGAGGCUACUUACGAGGCGGGGGGGGCUGGAGGUAGUUAAGGUAAAGGCUCAAACGCUUGCCUGGGAGGACAGUCAAUAUGCCUACUGAAGAGGGACAAAGACAUGACAGUCUACCCAGAGAAUGACCAUACCUGGGUUUCAACAGACACCUACUCAUUCAAGGGUUUAUUUUUAUUUUUACUAUUUUAUACAUUGUAGAAUAAUAAUGAAGACAUCAAAACUAUGAAAUAACACAUAUGGAAUCAUGU